AUGGAUUCAUCUGACAAUCACAAGCUCGACAUGCGUAAGGGCGACAUUACUCUUCCUUUAUUAUCUUGGCCGCCUAUCGCCCGGUCAACGCGCUGCCUGUAUAUUCUCAUCAUUUAUGUUAUCAAAGGUCUACUAGCCCUUCAGUGGCAUUAUUCUAGAGCGAAAAUAGCCCUUGGCUUAACGCCGAGACCAACCGACAAUCCUGUCUUUUCCAAAUCAUAUCCAAACAGGCCAAGACUAAAGCAUCGCUUCUUCUUUCCAGACUCUUACAGGUCUGGCGAGUUGCUUCCCUUGUACAUCAAUAUUCACGGAGGAGGAUUUGCUCUUGGUGCGCCGGCUUAUGAUGACGAGUUUUGCGCCUUUAUGAGUCACAGAUUCAAUCUGCUGGUCAUCAGCAUUCAGUACUCACUUUCGCCAUGGGCAAAGUUUCCAAGACCUACAGAGGAUAUCGUGGCUGUAGUACAAACUAUUCUACAGGAUGACAGCAUCCCCGUUGACCGUUCUCGAGUCGCAAUUGGUGGUUUUAGUGCUGGCGGUAACCUCGCGUUAUCAGCGUGCCAGUCUCCGAGUCUACAAGGAAAGAUCAGGGCUGCAGUCCCAUGGUAUGCUCCUGUAGACUGGACCGUGGACUAUGAGCACAAGCUGGCAUCUCGACCAUACAGACACGCUAAAGAUAUUGACGGCCUCGCAUCGUUGGCGCCUCUUUUCAAUAACAUCUAUAUACCGGCGGGUACAGACCAGAGGAAUCCCCUUCUCAGUGUGCUUUACGCGGAGAGGCGUGAACUUCCACCGUGGAUCUUUGCCAUCGGUGCAGAGUACGAUAUGCUAAACGAUGAAGCACGGCGGAUGAUGGUCCGUCUGGCGGGACAGUCUGAGAUAAAUGGUGAUGAAACCAUUGCUUUCGAAAGUCAAGGAGGGAGGCUAAAAUGGAGAAUGGUGGCAGGGGCGGAACACAGCUUUACCCAUUGGUGGAGAAAAAGUGGCCCACAGGCCGUACUAAUGAAACCACUGGCAGAGAAAUGUUUUAUAGAGGUGGGAAGGUGGCUGACUGAGAAAGCCUUUGAAGGGCAACAAUGA